GGACUCGGCCACUCCACUUUACGCAUGCGCAGGAAGUGCAGCGCGGUGGCGAAGUAGGAUUGUGCUAGCCCCUUGUGUUUCUUUCAAUCGGAACGUUUACAAAAUACUGAAAUACUGAAGACUAAGGAUGUCCACGAGUGACUUCUAUUUGAGAUAUUAUGUCGGGCACAAGGGGAAAUUCGGACACGAAUUCUUAGAGUUUGAGUUCCGUCCUGACGGAAAACUGAGAUAUGCAAACAACAGCAACUACAAGAACGACGUCAUGAUCCGAAAAGAGGCCUAUGUACACAAGAGUGUGAUGGAGGAACUCAAGAGGAUCAUCGACGACAGUGAAAUAACCAAGGAAGACGACGCGCUUUGGCCACCACCUGAUAGAGUCGGAAGACAGGAGUUGGAGAUAGUCAUUGGAGAUGAACACAUUUCUUUCACAACAUCGAAAAUCGGCUCCUUGAUUGACGUAAACCAGUCUAAAGAUCCAGAGGGUCUCCGUGUCUUCUACUACCUGGUCCAGGACCUGAAAUGUCUCGUCUUCAGUCUAAUCGGCCUACACUUCAAAAUCAAGCCCAUCUAAAAUGAUUCCCAUUUACUUUCGAAUUUCUUUAAUGUUGAUCCUGUUGUACGUACAGCUUUUGUACUUUUUUUUUUUGUUGAUGAAGCCUUUUAUUUUGAUUUCUCUGAACGAUCUUUUGAACAACUGUUGUUGUUCUGGUUUAUAGAAAUGUCCUUUGUUGUCAAAUGCAUUUGGUAAAUAAACAAACUUUUACA